AUGCUGCGCGCCGGCCCGCUGGGCGCGCAGUGCGUCGCGUGCCAGGGCGAGUUCGGCGCCGCCCAGCAGUGGAUGAUGCCCUUCUGGGGCGACAACAAGCGCGUCACCGUGCCGAUCCAGUUCCCCGUUGGCGUUGAUGUCGAGGUGGAUUGCGCAGUGUGGCGCCGCGAGCAGGACGGUUGCCAUGUCUGGUGGAGCGCACCUCAGCUGUUCGAGAUGCUCAAUCUUCGUAUGAGGUCCACCGCGGCCCACUGGAUUGCGAAUCGGAAGGGGGGCUGGACCAACUUCCUUGGGGAGAUGUCGCUGAUGUUCUUCCAUCUUCGAUGCAGUUCACCAUGCGCGAAUCAGGCGGCGAUCCUUGACUUCAUGGCCGUCGCCAACCGCCCUCUGCAUUUCACGUCCUUGAGUUCCGUGGCAUUGGUGGUGUUGCUAUGGGGAUUGGGCUCGAACCAUUCAGCUUACUGCGCCUUUCAGGAUGAGGACAACCAGACGAUGAGCCUCAUGUUGCUGGACGGUCUGGCGGCGUGCCUUCCAGAGGUUCGGAUUCGGGUGAACAUCGACCCGACCGCCGAACGCGUUGGACGUUACGUUGCUGGGCAUCGCGCGAGAUACAUCACCAUGAAGGGCGGCACUUUUAACAGGGAGGAUCUGUUCGGCAUCCUGAGGGAGACGCGGGAUGCGUUUGGGUCGCCCCUGCAGUUUGACAACACUGCCAUCUGGGACGAUCGCAAGGAUGAGUUGACGUUCGCGGACUUGUCGAGGAUGUUCAACGAUGACGGCCACGGGAUCGGAAACGAGAGCAUCCUCAAACAGAUCCUGCGGGGCUUCGGGUCGGCGCUCGACGCCCAGGUCGCCAGCUCGAACGGCGUCGACGUCAAGCUGGACGACGACGCCGACUUUGCGCCGAACAUGUUCGGGGCGGGUGGUGCCGAGGUGGAGCCCGAAGGCGUGGCCUCCUCGCGGAUGCUCUUGCGCUACAUGCAGGGCUCCAAGCGCCACUACGGCGACCCCGACCGCAUCAGCAUCAUCAUGGGCGCGAGCAGGCAGGACCACAGGAAGAUGAUGCACGGCGUCGUGGUGGACUCGAAGGACGUCAUGGAGGACUACUUCAGCGAAGUUGGCACGGGCGACGGCGGCGCGCCGACGGAGGAGGAGAAGGAGCGGUACAGGAAACGCCGCAGGACUGCUGCGCUUGCCCUCCUGAACAUCAAUGCGGACGAAGGCGCAGAGGGCGUUGCGAUCGACCCGAAACGGAAGAUGUUCAGGCAGACGUCGUACUGUGCCCUGAAGGCGUUUAACAACAUGAGGCUGCAUGUGUCAGGCAAGGGGGUAUCGGCAGUGAAGGUGUCCAAGUCGGACUUUGAGAACUACACGGGCUGCGUGCAGUGGAGGUCUGACCGCAUAUGCUCCGACCAGGGCUCGGACAUGAUGGUGAUUCGGCAGUACUUAAGGUCGAGCACUGCUCUAUGCAACGUGGACGCCGACGACGACAUCAGCCACGCGAUCAACAACGACUUCGACCUAGCUAAUAAGGAAACGAAGCAAUGGGGAAUGACGCGCCUCCUUCGCAUCGCAAGGAACGCUGUGCACGGACCAUGGGACGAGCGGAGGCGCUUCCACCAGCCUAAGGACGUACUCCGAGAGAUCAGAGCUUACGUCGACCCUGCCACUUGCCCGAUCUGGUUGGAGGCCGUGCCGAGCAUCCUCAGCGAGAUGGGCAAGGACGAGCGCAUGUCGGAGGACCAGAUCGAAUCGACCUUGUUCCACGAGGUGUUCAACGAUAUCGAUGGCUACUUGGUGACUUCGGGAGUGAAGGAUGCACCAGCUCGAUGGCGUUCCGACCACUGCCAUUCCCGUAUUGAGCAGCAGUGGUGGUCGGUGCGCAAGGUCUUGUGGUUCUACUAUUCAACAGUUGUUGCAGAGGACGGCGGCAAGGGGUUCGCCAAGAGGAUGAAGGAGCUCCAGGCCAUGGCGCCAAAGCACGGUGACGGCUCUGGAGACAAGCAGACCAUGAAGGUGACGAGCAAGGAGAUCGAUCGAUUUAGGAUGGCGGCUACUGGGACAUGCCAGUUGGCCGCGGUGGUGUACUCGAACGACAACUACACAUGA